ACCGUCUCAACCCUUUGAACCUACAAAAUGAGUGACGACGAUGACUUUAUGAUGGAAGACGACGAAGAGGAAUAUGACUUCGACUACGAGGACGACGAGCAGGAAGAGCCCGACGUCGACUUAGAGAACAAAUACUAUAGCGCGAAAGCUCGCAAGGAAGAUGAUUCAGAGGCCGCCAUACAAGAGUUUCAAGAUGUUGUUAACACCGAGGAGGAGAAGGGCGAUUGGGGGUUCAAAGCUUUAAAGCAGAUGGUGAAGCUCUCAUUUCAGCUAGGCAGAUUUGAUGAUACUUUGCGAUAUUAUGAGGAGCUGUUGACAUAUACCAAAUCGGCUGUCACGCGCAACUACAGUGAGAAGAGUAUCAACAAUAUCCUCGAUUACGUGUCGUCGUCAGAUGACAUGUCCUUCAUGGAAAAGUUUUAUCAAACCACUCUCACUUCACUUGCUGAUUCCAAAAACGAUCGACUUUGGGUGAAGACCAACUUGAAGUUAGCCAAGUUAUGGCUGGACCGACAUGAAUAUUCGAGAUUAAACAAGAUUCUUCGACAACUUCAUGCAUCGUGCCAAAAAGAUGACGGAACGGAUGAUCAGCGGAAAGGCACACAUCUCCUGGAGAUUUUCGCUCUAGAAAUCCAAAUGUACACUGAGACUAAGAACAAGAAAAAGUUGAAGGAAGUUUAUCAGCAAUGCUUGCGUGUUAAAUCUGCUAUUCCACAUCCAAGAAUUAUGGGCGUAAUACGAGAAUGCGGUGGGAAGAUGCACAUGAGUGAAAAAUCGUGGGACCAAGCGCAGACGGAUUUUUUCGAAUCAUUCAAAAACUAUGAUGAAGCCGGCAGUGCCCAAAGAAUUCAGGUCUUGAAAUACUUGGUACUCGCCAAUAUGCUUACAGAAUCGCAAAUCAACCCGUUUGAUUCUCAAGAAACAAAACCAUACAAAAAUGACCCUCAAAUUGUCGCCAUGACUAACCUUGUCAGCGCGUAUCAGAAAAAGGAGAUUAGGGAGUUUGAAAAGAUUUUGAAAGAGAAUCAUAACGCCAUCAUGGGUGAUUCUUUCAUAAGAACCUACAUUGAUGAUGUUUUGAAGAACAUUCGAACGCAAGUUCUCAUUCGAUUGAUCAAGCCGUAUACUCGCAUUGAGAUCCCAUUUAUAUCUACGCAAUUGAACAUUCCCGUGGAGGAUGUCCAGGAGCUACUUGUUACCCUCAUUUUGGAUAAAAAGAUAUCCGGCCGCAUUGAUCAAGUCCAACAGCGAUUGGAGAUUCAACAAAAAUCAAGCGAUACUAAUCGAUAUGCAGCCAUGAACGAAUGGUCUAACAAUGUGGUGAAUGUGUACAAAGCAGUGCUCAACAAGGUCAACUAGCAAUAUACCGUAUGGACGAAGGGUUCUUGUGGACUAGAUGGAUCGGAAACAUUAUUCGUUUUCUUCCUGAUUCUUCCAUAGAGAAAACAUUGAAUGUCU